UACAGUUCUUUCCAGUAUAGCUAGCACUUACAGCGCAGUGAAUGGAGCUUUCUGUUACUUGCGAGUACUGGAAUUCAGAGCUUUGGGGUCUACGAAUAGGUUAACUUAAAUUAGAGAACUUGCACAAUUUUUAGCCUUUUGACCAGCGAGGGGAGCCAACUUGGAAACUAAGAAGGAUAUACUAGAAUACGCUUUAUUAUAAUUAUUGUUGUUUAUUUAAAACAUUUUUCGCGAAGAAGGAAAUUAGACCGCUUCAUAUAUUCUGUAUCUUGUAGUGGGGUAUUUUUGUAUUUUAAAGAAGCUUAUUUACUCAAUUGCUUUUUGAUAUUUGUUUGAUGAUGGUGCUGACUAGUUUCUUUUUGAACAUUAAAUAAUUUGAAAAAAAAGUCUGCCAGCCAUCACAACUUGAUUGAUGAAUGCUUAUUGGUUUCAUUUACUGAAAAUUAAGCAGGGUAUGAAAAGACCAUUCUCCUUUAGCCAGUGGCUGAUUGUUUCUCUGUCUUCACUUAUUGAGGACAGUCACAAAAGCAGAAAGCAGCAGUAGUCGUAGAAGCAAGGAGUUCGAGCGUCACCUGCAAAGCUUGUGUUUGUGGGCAGUAAGAACAAGACAGACAGCACUUUUUUGUUCGGCAUGCUAAAAACAGGAGUGUUUUUCAGGCUCUAGGAGACAAAACCAAAAGAAAAUGUUUUCAGAAGAACGGAGUAACACAAUUUCUAAACAGGCUUUGAAUUUUCCUGUUGGUUUAUUGAUUAACUCACCGAAGAGGAGACUGGCGAAGCUGGGCAGAAAACCAAGCAAUGGAUCUGUGCAGUCAAGUUCUUCGGAUACAACAACAAGAUCAAACGAAAGCACUGGAGUACGACAGCCGGCAAAAAACAAAAUCCGAAGACACAAUCGCCUCUCCACAGUUUUCAGCAGGAGCCCACACUUAAAAGACAAUCAGUCCGAUGAGGACUCCACUGUGGCGGACGGAAUUCACCUGACUGACGACCCCUCGGAGCUGUCAAUGCAGAUCUCCGCACCUGGGAUCCUCAAGAUAUUUGGCAAUGAGAUCAGUACAGGUGCAAACUAUAAGAGUGUGCUUGCUACCUGUCACUCCAGCGCACAAGAGCUGGUCAAAGAGGCUCUCGAGAGGUAUUCUCUGGACAAGGCCGAAGCUGGAGCCUACGUCUUGUGUGACGUGAUUGGCCGGAUUGGGGAAGAGCACCAGUGGAAGACGGAGUGUUUCCGGGUGGUGGGUGACAAUGAGAAGCCCCUCAUGUUACAGUCUCUCUGGAAGCCCAAGGAAGGUUUCUCCCGGCGCUUUGAGAUCCAGAGGAAAUCCAGCAUGGAGGAGAAGGCCGCAAAGGAAAAAGAUACAGUCACAGCAGGCAUUAAUGCCCAGGCCCGCAAACUACAGAAGAUUCGCUCCCGGGGAGCCUCAGUCUUUAUUGAGGAGGAUCUCAACAGCAAUAUCUCACUGUGGAGGAGCCUGAGUGAAGUCAACUUAUCUGUGAAGUCCAAGGACCCUCGGAAGAAUGGGAAAAGCCUGCUGUUGGAAGGCCUGGAGUCUGAUGUAGACAAAGAGGGCCAGUGUCUGAGACUUGAGAAGGAGGAGACGGAGAGCAACGAUGAUAACACCACACAGUAUUCCAUUCAUCCCCCUUUCGAAUUCCCUUACUUUCUGCUGCUGCAGGGAUACAGUUACAGACAGGAUUUCGUUAUUUAUCUUAUGAGUGAGAUGACACAUGUUUUCGGACGCUGCAGCGAGCAUUCCACAGGGGAGGACGAGGAGCGUCUCAAAGUGGACACCCUACUCUCCGCACCGGACAUCCUGCCCCGCCACUGCAGCGUCAGACGGCUGGAGUCCAGCUCCCACUGCCAGGCCACCAAGAAGACAUUGACUCUAGUGAAACCGCUCCAUGGUGCUCACGUGACCCACAAUGGAAUCCAAGUCAAGGAAGAAACACAACUCCAAACGGGGGAUCUCCUUGGGCUUGGUGACUUUUACUUGUUCAUGUACAAAGACCCAACAGCCCCCUCUGCAGGCCAAAGACCAUCAUGGUUGACAUCCCCGAUGACUCACCUGGGUGGGACAGGCACCUGUAAAAUGUGCGGUUCGUCGCUGCUGGGUGAAGCAGCCAGGAAAACGAAACCUUCUCAUCAAAAAUUGGUCCUCCGGUUAAAAGAUUCCAACGAGACAGAUCUCUCGCUGACGUAUGAUUCCAUACACGAGGACCAGCUGCUGAGAAAAGUUAUUAAAAUGACAGACCCCAAAGGUGAUGAGCCAAAGCUGAGCCCAGCUUUCCUGCUGUGUCUUUGUAUCCAGCACUCAGCCAGCUCUUUCGAACUGUCUGAUUUCCGAAGGCUUUUGCUCAAGAUAGCCAGUCAGGUCCAAACAGUUAUGUGGGAAAAGACAAAGGAACUUGCCAGGAUACAGCCAGAAACUGUAAAGCAGGACCCUGACGAGCUGAGCCUGCUGAGUAUCAAGGAGCUAAUCCCUGGGCUGCAGCCUCUGGCUUUCUGGAUGUCAAACUCCAUUGAACUCCUGCACUUCAUUCAGCAGGAAGUGCCCAAGCUGCUGCUCUGGGAUGAGGAAGGUGGAGAGAUAGCAGACUCCCAGGUGUCUGCCACCAGGUCGGCGAGUGAAGAAGCCAUGACAGUCCUUGAGGAGGUCAUCAUGUUUACAUUCCAGCAGUCCGUCUACUACCUCACCAAAACUCUGUACACAACACUGCCCGGUCUGCUGAACAGUAACCCCUUCUCUGAGAGUGGUCAGCUGCGAGUGCCAGACGGGGUGAACCACAUCUUAGAGAUCCUGAGGGAGACCCUGCAGCUUCUCAAUCAGUAUGAGGUCCACUCCGAGAUCGCCUCUCAGCUCUUUGCAUAUCUCUUCUUCUUCACCAACGCCUCCCUCUUCAACACACUCAUGGAAAGAGGUUCCGGAGGGGGGUUUUAUCAGUGGUCCCGGGGAGUGCAGAUCAGAGCCAAUCUCGACUUGCUCCUGGACUGGAUCGAGGGCAUUGGCCUGGGAGACCUGGCUCUCGACUUCUUCCACAAACUUUCCACAGCUGUCAACCUGCUGGCCACACCCAAGCAAAACCUCCUGCAGGCCAACUGGAGCUCCCUGCGCAGUGAGUUUGCGAGCCUCAACCCGGCUCAGUUACACCACAUGUUGAGGGAGUACAACCCCGGGCGGCCCUGUCCAGCGGGCUGGAGUCCAACACCUGAGGAAGCCGAGCCUGCCAUGAGAAUGGCUGAUAUUCUUGAGAGUUUUGACAACCACCCUCCUCUGAUCCUGCCCUGCAGCAGCUUUCACAUCGAGCUCGGGAGACCUAUCCAGGAUUUGCAUCUUCCCUCCCAGCUCAGUCGCAUUCGGGAGUUCCUGUGCAGCCUUAAACAGAGCAGCCCUGUACCCUCCCAGCAGGAUGUUCCAUUGGCAGUGGAAAGCGUGACCUCAGCAUGUUGCACCAGCAGUAUGAAGAACUCUGACCCACCCAGGGACAGAAAGUCUGAUGUUAAAGACACAUCUCUUUGCGGCCGGUUCCUGCUCCCCGGACCCAGUGACCUGAGCUCUUGUGGGGAUGUACUGACUCAGAAACUGAAGAAUCUGGAGCUCCAGAACAGUCUGCCAGGACAGAAUGACCUAACCUCCCACAAGCGCCUGGCCCUGGACCCCUCCUGUCUCCUCACCCCUCCCAACACACCCCAGACACAGGAGCCUGCAGAGGCAGAUACAGAUCUCCUGGAGGGGCCUUUUAGGCCCUUCCUGAAUGGCAGCCACAGGGGGGUAGACGAUAAAGACCUUGAUACAGCUAAAGUGAAAGGUGUCCUCAGCCCCUGUCCAGAGCCAGGCACCCAGACCAAGCCAGGUGAGGAGGAUGAAGUGUUCACUGUGGAGCUGGAAAGAGGCCCGCGUGGACUGGGCCUGGCCUUGGUCGACGGUCUGAAAACACCUUUAAAAAUGAGUGGCAUAUAUAUUAAAUCCCUGGUUCCUUACUCGCCUGCGGCAAGGAGUAAGAAAUUAGGGUUAGGCGAUCGGAUUCUGGCUAUUAAUGGAACCAGUCUGGUUGGAAUAGACUAUAACACCUGUAGAGAUCUCAUCUGGAAUUCAGGAGACAAGCUGAGGUUGCUGGUGGCCAAAUCCGAAGCACAAGCUCUGACCACCAAGCUCCCGGUAACGAAAUGUUAACAGGACUGUUCACAAGCCAGUCUGGACAACAAGGCCUGUCUGUACAGCCAUUCCUAUGAUGAGCAAGUGCACUUAAGAGACUGAACGCACACUUGCUCUGCCGUGCAGGCACUGCUACACAUUCUCUGCGACUGAAACACAGUACUAUUUAAACUGAGCAACCGAUACAAAGUACAAAAGCACUUCAGUGGGAGACAUCUCCAAACCAAUGGUUUGUCAUGAAGGAUUUAAGAAGAGCUCCAAAAAGAAAAAAAGCCCAAUGGUUAUUUAAAAAUGGUCUGGUAUUUUUUUUUUCUUUUGCUGAUUAUCAACUUACAGAAGUGAAAUCGCCUUUGCAGAACUGCUGAGUGUCAAGCGAUCUACUGGAGUCUAAAAGAACUGAGACAUUCUGUGCUGACUGCAUAGCCAAGUUAUUCAAAGUUAGUUACAGUAUAACUCCUUAUCCAUAGACCUGUCCUAAGUGUAAUCACGCAAGGCCUGUUUUUUGAGAUCAGUUCUGUGUCAUUUCCUAAUGGUUUUAAUUUUCAGUUUAAACAUGUUUCAAUGCUUAAAUUUGGGCUCCUGAGUGGCACAUCUGGUAAAGGCGCUCCACGUGGAGUG